AUGGAGGAGGAGGGGUAUGUGCGCGGCGAUUUGCUCGACCUCUCUAGCACGGACAUACAGCUCGAUGAGACGAUGGUGGGCAGCAGCAGCAGCUCCAAUGCCAGCGGUGAGGUGCCGACGGCGCCAUGGCAGAUCGAUCUCUCGAUGCUGCAGAUCGAUGACUUCAUCAAGCAAGAGCCACACGCCAUGAUGUUCCACGGCAAGUACGACGGCUGCGACGUCGUCGUGAAGCUGCUCGAGUGGGGGCACGUGAUGCCGGAGCAGAUCGUCCGCCUAGGAGAGUCGCUGCGGGACGUCGCCGCCGCCUGGCGCGAGAUGGACCAUCCGAGCAUCGCCAAACUCGUCGGCGCAUUCGUUGGCGUCUCCCCGCCGCCGGGCACGACUUCCUUUGUCCUGGUCGAGCCCCUCACCGGUGGAACACUGAAGGAGUAUUUGAUCAAGAAUAUCGAGUGCAAAUUACCGUAUAAGAAGGUCGUCAACUUCGCGCUAGCAAUGGCGAGAGGGCUGAGCUACCUGCACUCGAGGAAGAUCGAGCACCGCAACGUCAAGACAGAUAAUAUGCUCCUCAACGACGAGCUCAACCUCAAGAUCACCGACUUUGGUGUGGCCUGCAUCGAGUCCGACCUAAAGGAUAUGACGGGGCAGACUGACAAGCUGCGCUACAUGGCGCCGGAGGUGCUAGACGGUAAACCCUACAACAAGAAGUGUGACGUGUAUAGCUUCGGUAUCUGUUUGUGGGAAAUCUACUGUUGCGAGAUGCCCUACAAGGAUGUUGGUUCUGCCGAGAUCACAUCGGCGGUCCUUCACAAGCAAAUGCGACCGAAGAUCCCAAAGUGUUGUCCACAGGACAUGGCAUGCAUCAUGAGGCGGUGUUGGGACGCCGAGCCGACGUCACGACCGGAGAUGCAGGACAUAGUGGAUAUGCUAGAAAAGCUGGAUACUAGGAAAGGUCGUGGCAUGGUGCCAGUGAGGAAGCCUUCCUAUUGCUUCUGCUUCUCUAUCAGGCGUCGUGGCUCCUAGAUUGACAUGAUUUUUGUUGUAACUUAUGUUUAAUUCAAUUCGUCGUUCUAUUUACGUCUAUACGACUA